AUGCGGUGCCAGACCACCAAGGUGCACGAGGUUCGCAAUGGCGGGAGCCAUCUCAUCAACAAAAUACAACAGCACGCAGCUCGAACCGCGGCGACGGUUGGGCAAGCGGCGGUGGAAAUCACGGGCGACCGGACAGUGCCCCAAAUGGGUGGGCUAGCAAUGCUCCGAAGCCAUCCGAUCACUGGAACGCUCCUGCAUCUCACUCAGGAGCAGGUGGAUGGGGUAACGACAACCAGGGUGGAUCUGGAUCUAGGAAGCAAGAUAGCCAUGGUAGAGCCGGAUCUGCAUGGGGCAAUACUGGCGACAAUGGUGCAUGGGGUUCGCAUGGUAACUCUCAUCGCGACCCGCGUAUGCAUGGGUCCAACAAUGAAUUCCACCAAGAGUGGCAGCACGACGGCAGGAACCACUCAACAGGAUAUGUGGCUCACACAACUCGACGAGGAGGCCGCCAUCAGAUGA